UGUGGCGGCGGUGGCGAGCGGCGUCAGAGAUCGCUAGGGGGGGUUGACGGCUUCUGGCGGGUGUCGGUGUCGGGAGGCGGCGGGAGUCGGCCUAAGCCCGUGUCGCGCCUGUCUCAGGAACCUGACGGAGAGCGAGGACGCGAGGGCUUGCUCUCAAGGGUGCUGCCACCUUCCGCGUCCACGCCGUCGUGAGGAGCGCAGCCCAGACACUCCCGCGACCCCUCCGUCUCCCCACUCGCAGGCCUCGAGGCCGCGGCGGCCACCGAGACAGCGCCGCACCUCCCCCACCCCUUCCCCUCGUACCCCCCGCCCGCCAGGGCCCGCUCGGCGCCCCACCCCCGUCCGCUCAGUCGCCCGCCCGCCCGCUCCGCCGCCGCCGCCAUGUCGGCGCAGGCCCAGAUGCGCGCGAUGCUGGACCAGCUAAUGGGCACCUCCCGGGACGGGCCCUGGUGGUGGCAACCGCCUGUGUGCCACUGAAAAUCGUGCCGAUGCCUGGCAUACUGCAUAAAUGGAAGCAGGGUACCGCGUUCAAUGUAUCUAUGCCUGCCUACUUCAAUCUGCAAGGGAGUUUCAGAAAGGCCCCGCAUUCGCCGAGCCGAGAUACUACUCGACAACGAAUCAAAUUCAGCGAUGACAGAGUCUGCAAGAGCCACCUUCUCAACUGUUGUCCCCAUGAUGUCCUUUCUGGAACUAGAAUGGAUCUUGGAGAAUGCCUGAAAGUCCAUGACCUGGCUUUAAGAGCAGAUUAUGAAAUUGCAUCCAAAGAACAGGACUUUUUCUUUGAACUUGAUGCCAUGGAUCAUCUGCAGUCCUUCAUUGCAGAUUGUGAUCGAAGAACUGAAGUGUCUAAGAAAAGAUUAGCAGAAACUCAAGAAGAGAUAAGUGCUGAAGUGGCAGCAAAGGCUGAACGUGUUCAUGAAUUAAAUGAAGAAAUAGGUAAAUUGUUGGCUAAAGUGGAACAACUAGGAGCUGAAGGAAAUGUGGAAGAAUCUCAGAAAGUCAUGGAUGAAGUGGAGAAAGCACGAGCAAAGAAAAGAGAAGCAGAGGAAGUUUAUCGGAAUUCUAUGCCAGCUUCCAGUUUCCAGCAGCAGAAACUUCGAGUCUGUGAAGUUUGUUCCGCGUAUUUAGGUCUUCAUGAUAAUGACAGGCGACUUGCUGAUCAUUUUGGGGGUAAACUGCACCUGGGAUUUAUUGAAAUAAGAGAGAAACUCGAAGAAUUAAAGAGAGUUGUAGCUGAGAAGCAGGAGAAAAGAAACCAGGAACGUCUGAAACGAAGAGAAGAGAGGGAGAGAGAAGAACGGGAAAAACUGAGGAGGUCCCGCUCACAUAGCAAGAAUCCCAAAAGAUCUAGAUCCAGAGAGCAUCGUAGACACCGAUCUCGCUCUAUGUCACGAGAACGCAAGAGGAGGACUCGAUCCAAGUCUCGAGAGAAACGACAUCGCCAUAGGUCCCGUUCCAGUAGCCGCAGCCGCAGCCGCAGCCACCAGAGAAGUCGGCACAGUUCUAGAGAUAGGAGCAGAGAGCGAUCCAAGAGGAGAUCCUCAAAAGAAAGAUUCAGAAACCAAGACUUAGCAUCACGUGACAGAGACAGAUCACCUCGUGACCGAGAUCGAAAAGAUAAGAAGCGGUCCUAUGAGAGUGCUAAUGGCAGAUCAGAAGACAGGAGGAGCUCUGAAGAGCGGGAAGCAGGGGAGAUCUAAUUAGCCGUGUAUAUAUAUCUUCAAUCCUUAAGCUUCCUAUGGAGUUAACAUGUUAUUAUUUAGUUCACAGCCAUUCGGGGUGACAGUUCUAGAUACUGAUCCAGGCUAGAUAUGAACCUAUUUUCCUUGAUAAAGCCUAAAACUACAUCCAUAGUUUCUGGUGAACCUGUAAUACCAUUCUGAACGUACAGUUUUACAUAGUAAGACGCUGAUCUCUAUUCUUUUAUGUAGGAGUGAUAGUGUAUGAAUUGUGUUAAUGCCUUGCAAUUUUUGAACAUUUGUAAAAUUCUGUCUUCCUUUCUAUUCCAAACAGCAGCAGCUUUGGGAAUUUUUCUUUAUAAUUCUUCUUCCUUUCACUUUUGUAUCUCCUAAUACCUGUGCCUCCAACUGUAAGAGAAAAGGGGCAGGGAAGCAAUAUAACUUCUGUUCUAAGGUUCUGUUCACCUCAAUUACCAGUUGAUUAUAGUUGAGAUUUCUACCGGAUUGUGUGCUGGUGAAACCUACACAGGGCUGUCUUGUUUGGGGCCCUAUUAGAGUUGGAAGUUGAACAGCUGUUGCAUUACUUUUGCUUUUUUAUUGAAAGUUUGAAACCAGACUUGUCUUUUUUUUUUUUUUUUUUUUUGUUCUAUUAAAACUGCUAUGUUCAGUAUAUUGAGGGGGGAUGGGGCAGGGACUGUUUCAUAAUAAGCACUUGUUUUAUUGUGUGUAUGUGAGUGUGUGGAGUAUAAAGGCUAUAUUCUUAAUUGUAAAAAUAAUAAAAGGAAAAGAAACAAUCAUCAUCACUACCAUCAUUACUCUGUAACCUGUUUAGUAAGUUGUCACUAGAACUCUCUUUGCUGUGCUAUUUUCCUCUGUUCUGUAACAUCCUUAACAGUGCCUUACUGUACAAGGCACCAAAGGUAGUAAAUAUGUAAUUGUGGAUUUCAGAUGAACUGUUGCUCCACCCAAAUCUCUUGCUGACUAUACUCCACUACUUCAGAGCUGUGUUUAACAGCUUCUAUAAGGAAAGAUUGGACCUGUAGAAGCAACUAAGAGUCUCUUGUUUGUAUUCCUUAAUUGACAAGCCUGAAUAAAACCAAUAUGUAACCAAUAUAAUGAAACCAACAGUUUCUGCA